AUGCGCUCCUCACCGUCUUUACUGCGCGCAUUCGCCCGAAGUGCCGUGCCUGGGACAAGACUAAACGUCUCUACUGCUCGCAUCCCAGCGUCCGCAAAACGCUUCCUGCACACACGGCAAACAUUCACUGUCCUCCGCCCAGCGCCCGCACCAUUGCGAGCGCCAGUCCCCUCCACUGUCCGCUUCGAGUCAAACACGGCCGCUCCCACGUCCACCACUGCCCCAGACUCACGGUUAGAACGCGACCAAGUCCCCUCGUACGAGCUCACCUUCACCUGCAACGUCUGCAAGACACGCUCGUCGCACCGAUUAUCAAAGCAGGGUUACCAUCAUGGAACAGUCUUAAUCCAGUGUCCAGGCUGUAAGAACAGACAUCUGAUCAGCGACCAUCUCAAGGUUUUCUCAGACAAGUCCCUUACCAUCGAAGAUCUCAUGCGCGAAAAGGGAAGCCUAAUCAAGAAAGGUUCUCUGAGUGCCGAGGGCGACGUCGAGUUCUGGGACGACGGCACUUCUACGCCUCGCUCUGCACAUUUCCAUGCCGACUCUACGCCCAAAGGUGACAAUCGCCUGUCACAGCUGCCAGACCCACCCAAACCCCCACAAGAAUGA